AUGGAGAAGAUGGAUGGUGUAAAGAGGGCUCAGGAGGGCCAGGUAGUGAUGAGGCACCAGAAGGGUGUCAGGUGGUCAGAAGAUGAAAUCUGGGAACUCCCUGGCAGUACAGUGGUUAAGAUUCCUUGCUUCCACUGCAGGGGGGCACAGGUUCGAUCCCUAGUCAGGGAACUAAGAUAUUGCCCUUGCAAGCAGUGUCCCCACCCCACCCCCCAAAAAUCAAGUCUUUCUGGAGCCUCUGUGAUUACCCAGGCCUGGGGCACAUACCUGAGAACAAGAAUAUGUGUCCCUGUGCCCUUGGGGGGUCACAGUCCUGCAAUGCUGUUUUGA